GAAACCCUCCCCCUUAUUACUGUGCGUUGCUUUUCUUUAAACUUCACCUCGUGUUUCCAUAACUUCCGAAGCAUCCCCCCUUUAGACGUUGCUCCCAAAGCCUAAAACCUCUGCGACCCUCUCUCUCUCUCUCUCUCUCUCUCUCUCCUCGUCGUGAUCGCAAUUCGGCAGCCGAUCCCUCCGUUCUUGGACGACCCUCGUUUCCUUUGCCGCCAACGAGGCCGGGGAUCGUUGGCUCGAGGAGUUCCCUCUCCGACGGGUGGGUGGCCCUUCUCCUUGUUCUUGCUCUGCUGCAACCUGCAGAGAAUUUUUCUGGGGUUUUUGAACGCCCGGUUUUCUUUUUUUCCGGGGGAGUCUUGGUCGGGUCGAGGAUGGGCAGUUGGAGGGGACAGAGGGGUUCUUCUCGUCAUCAAGGUGGUCAGGGGACCAGAUCGCUGGCAAGAAAGCCGCCGCUCGGCUGUUGGCAGCCAGCCGUGCCAACAUGGGAGAAGGAAUUCUGCAAAUCGGUUGGCUCAGUUACCUGGCGCAGGCUCUUGGAUGCAAAGAAGUACUUGCACAUACAUGACAAGGUAGUCAAAUGGAAUGACUCAGCUGUUGAGGAGGCGUUUCACAACGCAAAGGAACGGUAUUGGGCAGAGAUCAAUGGGCUUCCGUGUUGUAUCUCUCUGCCUGAUCCAGAUAUCCAUAUAGACAUAGUAGAUUGGGAAUCCAAAAUGGACCCUGAACUGCUUCUGGACUUGGAGCGAGGACCUGAGGCUUUCUAUGGCAGUAAUAGCGGUCAAACGGUUAUCUUUGGCAAUGUCUUAUCUAAUUUAUCCUUUGCAUGUGAUGGAUGGGGAGAUGUUGAAGAGGAAUGGCCAAAGGAUCAGACAUCUCGGAAGGUCAUUGAUGAUUGUGUGGGUGGCGAAAAUGUUUGUGGAGCUGAUCCCGCAGAGCAAGUCACAGCUGAUGCUGAUGCUCUUUGGGGCUCGAAGCAGGGCCAUUUUCAGGGCCAGAGCCAGUGGAUUGGCAGACAAGAGGAUUUAGAGAAUGACAAAGUCAAGACUGUCGACAAUUGGGACAACUGGGAUUGGGAUAAGAUGAAUAGAGAACUUGAACCUACGGGGUGCGAAAAUACACAUGGAGUUGAUUCUGUGGAUCGAGAUGCAGCUGCUUGUGACCCUUUUUGGGGUUUGAAGCGAGAAUGUUCUCAGGGGUGGACUCAGGAGGUCAGUGCUCAACAGGAUUCUGAUGUAAAGAAGUUGGAGAACGGCCAUGAUGGAACUGGCAACAACUGGGACACACGGGAUUGGAACAACACGAAUAGAGAACUCAAACACAAAUCGGGCGGAAAAACAUAUGGAUCUAGUCCUGUGGAGCAAAUGGCAGCUGAUGGUGACCCUAUUUUGGCUUCAAAGCAGACCCCAUCUCAGCAGUGGAAUCAGUGGGUUAGUACUUCAGAGAACAGGCAAUAUAUGGCCAGUGACAAUUGGGAUACCUGGGAUUGGGAUAAGAUGAAUAGAGAACUCCAACCUCAUAGACAAUUUAUCCCAAGACACAAGCGCGCAGGAUUUGGCCGGAAUGACAAGCAAAUAAGGUAUGGAUGGAACCACGGUAAAGGGAUGAAGCAGAAUAAUUUCGUUUAUUGAUAUUUGUGCUGCAGUCUGCGUCUUAUAGCCUUUUAUUCUUUGAGAUCCCUUACUCCUCUGUAUCGUGGAUAAACAGGGGUAAGGUGACCGUUUUUUAUCUGCGGUAAUUAGCAUUGUUUUGUUGGGCUGUACAUGUCAUUCUCUGUGUAUUUCGCAUAUUUUUAGAGCUGAGCGGAGUCUGUUUUGCCGUAGCUUAGUAAUUCGUGUUGUGUUCACAAUUUUGUCCGACGAGUCUGGAAGAUUCGUCAAGUCUAAGCGUUGAUUACUUCUGGUUGCCCUACGUAGUUUCUUUGCUGUAAUGAUCAAGUAUGAAGUAUAAGCAAGAGCAGUUAUUACAGAGUUGUGUCCUGAAAAAGGAAUGCCAUUCAAUUCAUUGGA